AUGUCACAGGCCAUUUCAGAGGAUCAAUAUGCUCCUUUGUUCGCCCCAUUCUUUGGGUUUGCCGGUUGUGCAUUUGCUAUGAUUCUAUCGUGUCUUGGUGCUGCCAUUGGGACGGCCAAGUCUGGUAUCGGUAUCUCAGGUAUCGGUACUUUCAAACCAGAAUUGAUUAUGAAGUCUUUAAUUCCUGUGGUUAUGAGUGGUAUUCUAGCGGUGUAUGGACUUGUGGUGGCAGUCUUGAUCGCAGGUGGUCUUUCACCUACUGAAGACUAUACCCUCUUUAAUGGGUUCAUGCACUUGAGUUGCGGGCUUUGUGUUGGGUUCGCGUGUCUAAGUAGUGGUUAUGCGAUUGGAAUCGUGGGAGAUGUUGGAGUGAGGAAGUAUAUGCAUCAACCAAGGCUAUUUGUUGGAAUAGUUCUAAUUCUAAUUUUUUCAGAAGUUUUGGGUCUUUAUGGUAUGAUUGUUGCCUUGAUCUUGAACACUAGAGGCUCGGGAAACUAG